UCCUGCUUCCCUCCCCUCCCCUCAUCUCCCUUCCGUCCUCCUCAUUCUCAGGAAGUCUCCUACUCCUCAUCCAACAUCAUCCAACUCCGGUCCUCCGUCUCCAGCCAGGUCAACCCAUCAGCCCAUCUCCCAAAAUGGACCGACCCAGAUUCGUAAUCGACUCCGACGAAGCCGAACAAAUGGCUAAACAAUCAGGCCAAACGGUGCUCCAACUCCUCCCGUCCUUUGUCAAAUCCGCUCAAUCCUUAGCCCGCCCGCCAAUCUCGAACUUCCACGUGGGAGCAGUCGGACUCGGGUCAUGUGGUCAGAUCUUCUUCGGAGUCAAUCUGGAAUUCCCGGGUCUACCCCUCAACCAUUCCGUCCACGCCGAGCAAUUCCUUAUCACCAACCUCUCCCUCAAUGCGGAGCCGCGUCUUAAAUACCUCGCCGUCUCUGCCGCCCCUUGCGGCCAUUGCCGCCAAUUCCUCCAAGAGCUCCGUGGCGCCCCCGAUGUCAAGCUCCACAUAACCUCCUCUGACGACGAAAAAGAAAACAAAACAAACAAUAAUUAUAAUGAUAAAGACCAAGAAUUUACUCCUUUAUCUCACUUUUUACCUCACAGGUUCGGCCCUGAUGAUUUGCUAGAAAAAGACGUCCCUCUUCUCCUCGAGCCUCACCGAAACGGGUUGUCCUUUUGCUCCGAUUUAUGCAACGGCAAAAUCAACGGUGAGGAUGAUUUAAAAUACGCGGCUCUCGAUGCGGCGAAUGCGUCACACGCGCCUUACAGCAGAUGUCCAUCUGGGGUGGCGUUGGUGGAUGUUGAAGGGAAGAUAUAUAAAGGGUCUUACAUGGAAUCGGCGGCUUAUAAUCCGAGCUUGCCGCCGGCUCAGGCGGCGAUCGUGGCUUACGUGGCUAGCGGUGGCGGUGGAGGGUAUGAGAGGAUCGUUGGGGCGGUUUUGGUGGAAAAAGCGGAUGCUGUUAUUAAACAAGAACACACGGCGAGGUUGCUCUUGCAGUGUAUUUCGCCAAAGUGUGAGUUCAAGGUGUUCCAUUGUAAAAAGACUUGUUAAAAAAAUUUGAGUACUAGGUACAAUUUAUGUCUAUAUAAAAAUUUGUAAUGGUUGAAGCGUAGCCAAAAGAAAGAAGAAAGAAAACUGGGAAGUUCAUGGAUCCAUUGAUGAAAAGCAAAAAGAUAAUGCCUGUUUGAUCUUUAGUGCAAGAAAAAGGGAACAUGCUUGGUUUAAGAAACCAAGCAUGAAAUGUAAAUCAGCAAGUUAAUAAAAGUUUCGCUAUUUUCUAAUGCUUUCUGAUAUAA